AUGGUGCAAUUACGAUCCCUUCUCUCCCUGACAGCGAUUGCCCUACCUCUCGUUACCGCCGCCUCAGAUGUCGUGAACCUGAUUCCCUCCAACUUCGAUAAAGUUGUGUUCCAGUCCAACAAACCUGCCCUAGUUGAAUUUUUCGCUCCCUGGUGUGGUCACUGCAAGAACCUUGCCCCAAUCUACGAGGAGCUGGCAACUGUCUUCGCUGCCAGCGGCGACAAAGUCACCAUCGCCAAUGUCGAUGCAGAUAAGCACAAGGAUCUUGGAAAGAGAUUUGGAGUUCAGGGAUUUCCAACAUUGAAAUGGUUUGAUGGCACACCAGGAGCCGAGCCACAAGAAUACAGUGGCGGCCGUGAUUUGGAGAGUUUGACCAACUUCAUUGUCGAGAAGACCGGGUUCAAGGUCAAGGGUCCAAAGAAGGCUCCCAGCCACGUUGAGAUGUUGACCGAUACCACAUUCGAGCAAGAGGUUGGUGGAGACAAAGAUGUCCUGGUCGCUUUCACAGCUCCAUGGUGUGGGCAUUGCAAAUCACUUGCCCCAACCUGGGAGAAGCUUGCCGCUGACUUCGCCUCCGAGCCAAAUGUCAUUAUCGCGAAGGUGGACGCCGAAGCCGAGAAUUCCAAGGCCACUGCCCAAGCUCAAGGAAUCACAGGCUACCCUACGAUCAAGUUUUUCCCCAAGGGAUCUACAGAGCCUGAACCAUAUAGCGGUGCACGGAGCGAAGAUGCUCUUGUCGAAUUUGUCAACUCAAAGGCGGGCACAUACCGAGUCGUCGGUGGUGGUUUGAACUCUCAGGCAGGAACCAUCGAGGUCAUCGACAACGUUCUUGCUAAAUACGUCACUGCGAACGGUCUGAAGGAUGUGGAAAAGGCUACCGCGGAAGUCAAAAAAGUUGCAAAGGACCUGAAGGACAAGUCGGUCAAUUACUAUCUCCGAGCCAUCGCUAAAUUGACCGGCAACCCAGAGUACGCCAUGAAGGAACAGACCAGACUUGCCGGUCUUCUGAAAAAGGGAGGACUGGCCCCUGAGAAGAUUGACGACCUUCAGAAGCGUAGCAACAUUCUCUCCAAAUUUUUGAUCAAGGAUGAGGUUAAGAGUGAAUUGUGA